CAAAAAGCUGCUGGUGGCCGAGGAGGGCGGGCUGAACCCUCCUCGCCCACCAGUUGCGCGCGGGAAACGCAAACAUGCCGACCAGUUGUUGUGCGCUGAAUUGUACUAACCGGAAGGAUAAAGGCAGUAGAAAUAAGUUUUUUAGAAUCCCUGCGGAACCAGGACGAAGGGCUGCAUGGCUUAGAGCCUUAAAAAGGUCAGAUUUUGAGCAGGGAAAGAAAAACCCGACCGCGGCGUGGACACCACGAGGCCACGAGAGAGUGUGCAGCGACCAUUUCAUCUCAGGGAACCCUUCUAAAGACCCUGCAGAUCCAGAUUACAUCCCAAGCUUGUUUAACCUCCCAACCUCAGCAAGUUGCAAUCGUUCAAGAAACCCAGUUGCCAAGAAAGAUCGGUAUAUGCGUGCAGCAAAAAGGCUGCGGGUGUCAUCAGAGAAUGAAGCCCCACCUACAUCACUAAAUGAUGAAGAAAUGAUCGCUGACCCUCCUCCUGAAAGUGUAGAGACUCUGAGAGACCCCCUUCCUGAAAGUGUAGAGACUCUGAGAGAACAGCUCACAAAAGUACAAGAGGAGAAAUGUAAGUUGGAACAGUUUUGCGAGUCCCUUCAAAGUGAAGCUGACAACCUUAGGGAAGAACGUGAUCACCUUCAAGAACAAAUCAAGAAAUCAUCAACAUCAGCCUCCAAUCUCACAGAUGCAAAAUGCAAGCUCUUCACUGGAAUACCUACUGUUGCACUGUUUAUGUUUGUGUUUAGACUUGUUAGUGAUUUCAUUGCUCCUCUAAAGUCCAUGUGUCAGCAGGAUCAAAUACUCAUGACUCUCAUGAAGUUGAGACUAGGCCUCAAAAAUGCUGAUCUUCCAUGGCAUGAACACUGUCUCAUCCCAUCAGGAGAUGCACCUAUAUAUACAACAGUAAUGUUCAAAUUAGUGGCAAAGUUUCUGAUAUUUCAAACAUGAACAUAAUGUACUUACUUUUGAUACUUGCCAAAUGCUGCAAAUGGCACAUAUUCACUUGGUACGAAUACAGUGCAAUUGUUAAAACAAGUACAUGUAUUUCAUUGUUACAUCAACAAAAUCAUAAGUCAAUUAGACAUUGUGUAGUUGGUACUCAAUUACAUGUACUAUACUUCAUAAGUUUGAAGUAAGAGCCAAAAUUAGCUAUACCUAUGAAGGGAAAAUCCUUGUAGAGAAUGAGCCCCACUUCCUCCAAUUUCACAUCCUUGCAGAUGCACAAGGUAGCUUCCAGGUACUGUUGCCUUGCCUUCUCCUCCUGUUUCAUCCCCCAUUGUAUAGCUGGAACCUGAAAGUGAAAUUCCCUAUUUAGAAUUUCUGACAUAGAAAGCACAAAUGAAUUACAUCUCUAAUAUGACACUAUCUCGCAUUGACUGAACAUUUAGACUGUCACACUUUGCAGAAAUAUUUAGACUCCUGGUAUUGUUUAAAUCCAAAUAAAGAUCAGAGCUACACUUGCUCUGGGAUUAUUAUGGUACAUGUUCCAAUA